AUAGUCAUUUUCUAAGGAUAGUGUUUAGUAAUUGUAAUAGGGAUAGAAAUUACUAGUGAAUAAUUUAAAAUAUGAAUCCAAAAAUAAUUAUUCGUCCAGUGAUGUAUCAUAAUUUUUAGAAAAGUACCAGUACAGGGCGUUUAAUUUGUAUUUGAGUAUUUAAUACCAUAAUAUAUUAGUAAACCUUGAGUUAUUUCCGCAACAGUAUUAUUAAAAGGCCAGUUUCAGGAAUAUGGGACAAACAUUAUCAGAACCAGUAACUGCUAAAGACACAGCUUGCUGUGAGAAUUCUAUGUUCCGUGUGGGCUCUAGCUGUAUGCAAGGAUGGCGAGUAAACAUGGAAGACUCUCACACACAUAUCCUUUCACUUCCUGAUGAUCCUGGCACUGCAUUUUUUGCUGUAUAUGAUGGACAUGGAGGGGCCAAAGUUGCAGAGUAUGCUGGCAAACAUCUUCACAAAUUUAUCACAAAAAGAUCAGAGUACAAAGAAGGCAAUGUAGUUGAAGCUAUGAAGAAGGCUUUCUUAGAACUUGAUGAAACAAUGUUCUCUGAUGAAGCUCUCAAAAAUGAGCAAGCUGGAACAACGGCAGUAACAAUGGUUGUGAAAGAUGGAAAGGUAUUUUGUGCUAAUGUGGGAGAUUCUAGAGCUGUUGCUUGUGUAAAGGGUGUUGCUGAGCCUCUUUCUUUUGAUCACAAGCCAAUGGUUCAGACAGAAUUUGAAAGAAUCACAGCUGCAGGUGGAUAUGUAGAUUGCAACAGAGUGAUGGGCAAUUUGGCUUUAUCACGUGCUCUGGGGGACUUCAUUUUCAAAAGGAAUGAUGAAAAAGGACCUGAAGAACAAAUAGUUACAGCCUAUCCAGAUGUUGAGGUGAGAACAAUAACUGAUGACUGGGAAUUUAUAGUUUUGGCAUGUGAUGGUAUUUGGGAUGUGAUGUGCAACGCUGAGGUCGUCCAAUUUGUGCGGCAACAUAUCGCCGCCGGUCUAGAGCCCGAGGAAAUCUGCGAGAAAUUAAUGAUGCACUGUUUGGCCCCCGAUUGCCAGAUGGCCGGUCUUGGUUGUGACAACAUGACCGUCGUUAUUAUUUGUCUUUUGAACGGGAAAACAUACGAAAAAUUAUCAGAAAAGUGUUCGCAACCAGUAAACAAAGAUGUGAUCCAAGUAGACACUUUUAAAUUCGAAAACAUUUUAUAGCAGUUAGAGGAAAUUUUCUUAAAUUAUCAGAUGUAAAUAAUAAAAAUGACCAUUUGGACUGUUGUGUUACCGGAAUUAACUGCCGUUGUUUUGUUUAUUUAUAUCUUAAUAAUAAUAUUGUUUUAUUUUAUUUUAUCGGCAUUUUUUCGAACACCUAACAACCCUGUAUAUUUUGUACAUAACAUAAACAUACGUUUGUGCAGUA